AUGCAGUCAAGCUCUUCCAUCACCGUCGCCAGCGCUGACCAAGCCUCCGAUCCGUAUAUCAUGAUAGGGGGAAUUGAGGAUAGCUCCGUCGGUGGCUCUUUGCUGGCCGCGGUGUAUGUCUGUCUUUGGGCGUGCACAAGUUCAGGGACUGACGGCGCUUGUCAGUUGAACAAAGUGUUAAAAUGCUCCCUCCAGAUGGGCAAUGUUGCCUCCCCGACAGCGGCUCCGCUGACAGUGUUCAAGACAGACCUGCCAUGUCGGGCUUCCGUUGAUGUUGAGCUCCUUUUUCUGCAACCGUACUAUAAAGCUGAAAAGAACUGGGCGGUGGUCGGAAUCGAAUGCGACAUCCCAGACAAGUCUAGAUUUUCGGAUAUUUGA